GUAUCUGUGUGCAAAGACGUUCAUGAAAUAAUCACUCACGUGUGUUACUUUGUUUACACGUGUAUAGGUUAGGUUGUUUGGGGUUUUGUGUUUGGCCUCAAGUUUAAAAAUAAUUUGAUUCGAAAGGUGCCAACAACGACGAAGAAAUGAGUAAGAAGUCUAAAGGAAAGAAAUUGGAUGCAGAUCUGGAUGUGGAGUUGGAGGAGUAUGAGCCAUCUGACUCUGAAGAUGAUUAUUCUGAAGAUGAAAAGCUCUUGUUGGAAAACGUCAGGAAGAGGCCGAGAGAGUUUGAUGAUGAAAGUGAGGAAGAAGUGCUCGGAGUAGCUUCUGACGGUGACGAGGAUGACGACGAUGAUGACGACGACGAGGGUGACGACAUGGCCAGUGACCUGGACGGUGAGCGGGACGACGACUUGCCGGACGCGAAGGCCUGGGGUCGCAAAAGGAAGAAUUUCUACAAUGCGGACUAUGUGGACGAUGACUACGGAGGCUUCCAGAAGGAGGAGGAAGAGGAGGCAGCCCGACUGGAGGAGGAGGAGGCGCGGCAGAUCCAGAAGCGUCUGGCCAGCCAGCUGCGGGACGAGGACUUCGGCCUCAGCGCCUUCAUCGCUAAGGACGAGAAGGGUGAAGAGAAGGCGGAGGCAGAGGAGGUGAUUGCGACAGACCUGACAAAGCUCUCGAAGAGGCAGAAGCUGUCACUCGUGCAGAAAGAGUCACCAGAAUUCUUCGCACUCACUCGGGACUUUUCUGAGAAAAUGGCUGUCCUGAAAGAUGAGUUAGAGCCAGUGAUGGCUCUUAUCAAGGCACAGAAAAUUCCAGACUGCCCCGCUGCCAAAUUUGUCAGCACCGUGUAUCAUCUUGUACUCAACUACUGCAGCAACGUGUCGUUCUACCUGCUGCUGAAGGCUCUGCGCACACCUGUGGCGGCACAUCCCGUUGUGGGGCGGCUGGCCAAAUACCGCAAGCUGCUGGUGCAGGCAGAGGGCGUCUUCCGGGAGGUGGUGCGGCCGCAGCUGGCCACCGUCCUCGCUGCUGACUGGGACACCGUGACGGCCUCUGCACGGUUGCCAGAGAAGAAGCAAAAGAAGAAGGCCCUCAGGCUGCUGUCCGCUCCCCUCACAGAAGACGGAGCGAGUGACGAGUCCGGUACGGUCCGGGAGGGAAUCCCGACGGUGGAGAAGAGGAGGAAAAGGAAGGCGGAGGAGCCGGAGGUUGCAGAGGGAGUGGAAAGUGCGCCGGCACCUGCCGCCACUGCGGCGACUCCAGCGCUGCGUGCCCUGGCCGCCAGCAGCUCCAGCAGUGCAGGUGAAGACUCCGCCAGUGAAGAAAUUGCCGACGGGGAGAGAGGCGAGGAGGGAGACCGGCGUGCCAUUACCUACGAAAUGGCCAAGAACAAGGGGCUGACGCCGUACCGCAAGAAGGAGAUGCGCAACCCCAGGGUGCGGCACCGCCGCAAGUACGAGAAGGCGCGCGUGCGCCGCAAGGGCCAGGUUCGCGAGCCGAGGAAGGAAGUGAAGAAGUACGGCGGAGAAGUCUCGGGAAUCAAGAUAGGUGUGACCAAGAGCAUCAAGCUGAAAGUGUGAUCUGUGUUUGUAUGCUGCCCUGUGGCUGUAUUAUAAGAGCAAUAAAACGUGUUAGAACUCA